CCCGCGGCGGUUCAGAUGAGGUGCUGCUAGGACGGCGUGAGGUCGUCGAAUCCCUCAGCUGCAUGGGAACUCCCUUCGGUCCUCUCCCGAAGUACCAGGAAUGCGAGAAGACAGCCAUCACGUGGGGCAAGGGAAUGACCGAAGAUUCAUGCUGUGACUCAGGAAAUCUUCGUUGAAGCUGGAGGUUCCACCUUCCAGUAAAGAGCGUUCGGGUCAAAACACGAGCCUCUUCGCGACCUACAGGAAGUAGAGUGUUUUGUGUCAUUAUAGACUUUUCCGUGACGCUUGUGAGGCCUUACGUGGAUGAAGUGACCGGCGUCAGAGCGCUGCAAUACACGGAGACCGGAAAUGAACGCCAGCCUCGCCUGAGAAAAGAGAGGUCCUUCCGAGGGAGUGUGGGAACAAGUUCUUGAAGGAAGUGAGUGAGGAACCUGCAGGUGUCCGCGAGACCAAGGAGGGAACAGGCUGGCGAACCGCUCUAUUUACUGGCCAUGUAAACAUUUCCUUAAAUUGCCGGGGAAGAGUGCUAUCUCCUUUCAUUUUACGUGAAGUGGUAAAUUCUCGUUCCAAGAACUUAGCCAAGUCAGUUGGAGGAAGUUGAAUGUAAAGUAGAAAGAAAAUGAAAAGUGGCCGCUUCCUGAAUCAACCGUGCGGCAGGUAGUGUGUCUGUGUGUGUAUGUGCAGAAAACGUACACAAAAGGCGUGUGUCUGUGUGUACACUGCAAGACUGAGCGACAACAUGAAGGUGUGCGGAGGCGGCCUGCCCAUGUGGCUGCUCACGCUCGUCCUCGCAGCGGCGGCGACUGGUGCCCGUGCGUGCCGCGUGAACGACUACGUGUUCUCGUGCAUCCUCGACAUCCUGGAGGAGCACAUCAUUGCCAACGCGCAGGUCAAUUACUGUCACCUGCCCGUCGACAUCACCUUCCGUGUGAAUCACCAGUAUGGCAAAGGCAAAAGCCACUCCUGGAAGUACACGUUCGUCACGACCAACCAGAACGAGCGCGUCCUCAUCCCCGGGCUGCAGCUGCCCUCUGCGCCCCACGCCCCCGUCUACCUGUACGUCCGGGUGCCAGAGCGAGACUUCAGCAUGCACAACACCUCCUUUGUAUCCAUAGAGGCCUCCUUCGUAGCAGAGCUCAAGAAUAAUGAGUGGGAGGAAGCCGAGUUCAUCAACCACACCAUCUACAUCAGGUCUACGGAGGACUGUCGCUUUAGCUCCUCUGGACAGGAUCCAAUACCAUGGAUAAUUGGAUGUUUGUUUGCUAUCAUAUUUGUUUGUGGCGGCAUUGGAGGGGGGUGUUACCUUUACCGCCGCAAGAAGAUGGCUGUUGACCAGCUGGCUCUUGUUAAUGCCAUGGAAGUUGGUUUGCCUGGAGCCCAACCCUAUCAGAUGGGAACAGUGGAAAACAAGUCUGACAAAACACCAGGAGAUUCAGAAAGGAAAACAGACAAGGAAGAAAAUGUUUCUAAAGAAAACAAGGGCAAGCAAGCAACAGUAGAAGAUGAUGAAGAUGAAAUGAGUGGCAAGAAAGGUUUCAAAUUUAACAGGUUGAAAGAAGAGAAACCUGAAAUGCCAAAGAACUAUGCAAGAGGCAUUGAUAACUCAGUCAUCAUCGGUAACCCAGCAUAUCUAGAAGAAACAGAUCAAGUACAAAACAAAGGCAGUUCAGGAGAGGAAUAUGUCAAUAGGAAUCAAGUAGAUCAGAAUAACCAUAAUAUCCCCAGGAAUGAUGCUUAUAAAGUCAGCACAGAGAUCUCCAGUCAGAACUUGAGGCAGAUGGAUCCUGGAGAGGACUGUUAUGAAAAUGAUGUAACAGAUAAUGGGCCCAAAGUCUGCCCAGAUGAGAUGGAACCAUCACAACUUUCAGAUGAUAGCUCAGACAGCAGUUUGCAGGUGGGCCAGGGUGCUCGUCCCAAAGUGAGAGGAGUUGCAGCAUCAAUCACAGGUUCUACAACAGUUGCAGAUGCUAGUGAUGGACAUACUGAAUCUCAGAAGUGCUUAUAAAUAGUGUUCUCUCUAUAUGGAAAAAAAAAUCAAUGGGAGAUAAUUUUCCAUGCAGAGUUUUAGAUGGAGAAUCAAAGAAAAAAGAGCAGAAGAGGCAUAUUCUUUUAUUUUGUGUUAUAUAAAUGAACAUUACUUCACUUCAUAUUUAGCAUUCUGUAAAUGAACACUACUUCACUUCCAGUCUCAUGUCUUGGUGGUUGUUAGGUAUGUGGUUCCCCCCCCGCAAUCCAUCACACACACUCACACUCACACACUCUCUCUCUCUCUCUCUCUCUCUCUCUCUCUCUCUCUCUCUCUCUCUUUUGCAUGUGUUUCAUGUCUCAAAAUAUAUAAUUUACAUACUCUUCAGCAUAAAGCACAGGCUUCAAGGGGCAUCUGACACUGCACUAUAAUACAUUGCAGUUAAUGUGUAAUAGUAUUAUAGUAUCUCAGUAAACGUUUUAAAUUAAAAGAAUGGAGUAAAGGCUGUGACUUUUUUGUGGAAACUUUUCAUUGGAAUAAAAAAAAUCUUGAAGAAAUUUACAUGUUAUAGAUAGUUUUAAGAUGCAUGGAGAGGGUUAGAAAAACAGCUAACAAACACAGGCCCUGUGUUUAUUGGACGUACAUCUAUGGGGGGAUAGAAAUAAAGAAAUUAUUAAAAAGUUCAUUAUUUAUGGAUGAAUGUUGCACCAAUACCAGUUAUUCUUUUAAUGUUGUGUUGAUGAAGCUACUCCAAUGUGGAUUCUAUAUUACUACUUAUUUAUUGAAGGAUGGUUCCUAGAUUUUUCUUAACUACAGGUAAAUAGUAGUUUCUCUUUCUCUGUUAUACGAGAUGCCUUUUCUGUAAAAUCUAUUCCAGGUCUGUUGAAUUAAAACAAAGGAGUAUUAUUGCUUUAUGACUGGGCUAGAUGUUUACACAGUGGUUGCUAGAUCAUUCUUGUUUAUUGCUAGCUGAAGUUAGGUGAAGGUUUGGUACAUCUUCUGUGAUUCAUAAUGUAAUGACUAAUUUUCAAGAAACCUGAAAACUUAAAUUUUAUGUAAUUCACUGUGGUAAAUAUAAAACAUGUAUAUGAUUUCAUACUCAUAAUAACUAUAAAUAUUUGAAAGUUGCUAAAAACAAAAAUCAGGAAGUCCUGUCUAAUUGGAGGCUGGGCCUUAAUUUUUUCAAUAUAAUUUUGGUAUUAUCAGGCAAGUCCUUUGAUAUUUUCCCAUUUAAUAAACCCAAUAGAUCUGGGUGAUGGACAUCAUUGGCCAAGGUGUGGGUGACGGAAACAUCUCGUCAUGGAAAAAAAUUGGCCGAGGGCUGGAUGACAGGCACAUUUUGUCAUGGGGAAAUUGUUGGAGUGAGAUUGACUCACCAGGCUUUCAGGUAGGAACCAUGGCUGGGACCGGGUCAUCUCCAGGGAAGGCACAAUGCCCAUGCACAGGAACUUCUUACUGUCUGCCAUUACCAUCAGUUUAGGUGUUACAGAAAAUUUGAUGAUAUUAAAAUAUAAAAAAUAUAAUAUGUCACUUGCUGUUAUGGUUAUUGCACACAGUAGAAACUACCUGGAGAAAUAAUAUGGAGCCUGCUUAAUGGAAACUGUCUAUUAACAUCUUUAUACAGUAUAACAAAUAAUAUGUAUAGACCUCAGAAAAUGGCUAAAAGGCAAAAAUAUCUGCAAAAAAGGGCUAAUAGCAUUGCAAAAAAUAGCAAGUAGUCUUGAUACCACAUGUUAGACACAAACCUGAGAGUCACCAUUGAAGGAGGCCUAAUGUCCAGAUUUUGUUCAGCAUGUGCUGUGAGGCACCCAGAUCCAAAGGGUUAAGCAAUAAUUGUAAUUCUCUACAUCAGCUAUUUUUAGUAGAAUCAUUAUAGAAUACAAUUUGAAUGUUAAGUAUUUUUAAUCCUUCACUGACAGGUACUGCUAUAGCCUCAUGACAAUGGCCUAUGACAUAUAAACACCUGACUUACAACAGCUUAGGCCUAGCCACAAAGUCUAGACUGUUGCAUAAUAUUUGAUCACAAAAAAUUCAGACCCCAUCUUGAUAGGGUUAAAUAUUCAGUGGCAUUCUGUUAUAUAGUUGAAAAUAUAAAAUUUAUAUUAGCAAUUUAAACAGAUAUUGUAUUUUAUGACUUGACCUUGUAUUCCUUCUGGUGAUAUUCAAUAAUAUCUAGUAAGGGUCUCGAGUUGUUAUCUUGUAGAUCUCAUUGUUAAUGAUUGUAUCUGUGAUGGACUGAAUGCUUUGUAAUAGGUCUUUUAAUGUAUUUUAUAUGUAACUUAAUUGAUUACAACAAUUUAAGGAGAAAGUUAGAGCAGUGCUAGAAUGUUAAUAUAGUAGAAGAGUAUUACUUGUUCAAAUCUGUCAGCAAGACGUAGCAUUACAGUUGUGAUAAUAAUAGUUGGAAAUUAAGUUAUUAAUAUUAUUAUUUUCAAAAUGUUACAUCGUAGAUUCCUUUCCAUGUACAUCUCAGUAGACUGAAAUUAAUAUCAUAAUGGUGAUCAGUGUGAAUAAUUAUGCUCAGAAAGUUACCCAUAUUGUCACAUUUACAUAUACAUUAUAACUGUAAGCAGAAAGAAUAUAUUGUAUUACUUUAUUAGAAGUUUCAUUUUAUCAAGUAAAUUGUAUAAAAUUUACAGCUAUUUUUUAUGUCAAAAACUAAGCUCAAAAAGUACUGUUACCUGUUAAUUGCAUAGAUAGUGACAAAAAUGAAAGUGCCAAACAUUAGUUUCUGGGAUUAAAAUAUGUGGCAUAAUUUAUGAAAUCAGUUUUAAGUCUGUUUUGUGGUACUUUUGUGUAAUUAGCAGCUCUUAAGGAGAGCAAAUAUUACAGAGCUCCUCUCAGAGGAGACUGACAUCAAUAUAAAUUUCAUGUUUGUCAUCUGUCAGUCAGAUCUUAAUGAAUGAUUCCUUAAAAAUUUCAGCUACAAGUAGAUACACGACAGGAUUACUACUUGCUAACUAUAUCUGCCAUAUAUUCAGGAAUCAUUCAGUGUGAGUAAUUUGUUUAUAAGACAAGCUGCCAACAGUUCAGAAUAUGGGGCCUUUAAGUGAUCAGCUGAUAGUGCUCACAUAUGUGAUUGUACCAGUGGGUGUCCCUGCUCAGAGAUUGCAAUGGCCUCACCAUUAGAUGAAUUGGCAAGUCAAGAGUUUUGAAUUUUUGAAAAACAAAAAGAAAGUGGCAGUUACUACAUAUUUUGGUUUUAAUGGUAUCAUCCUCUUUUCAAAUCAGAGACUUACCAAAAGUCAGUCUACCCUAACUGCAUUAUGUUCUUAGGUCUAUUCUCUUUGAAAAUGUACUUUAAGGGGUUGGCGAUGGCUGAAUAAAUGCAAUACUUUUGAAUAAUAGCACUGCAUUUAAAUAAAAUGAUCAUCAUUAACCUGACAAUUAUCCAACUUUUAUUACCAAUCUCACAAGUGUAUCUUUACCUCAUUAAAAGAAACUAAGUAUCAUGUGGGACUUGCGCAAUAAUGGUGUAGUAGUGUGGGUGACCUAUGACAUGGCUAUUAUAUUCAUAAUAGAAGCACUGAUCAGUGUACUGUUGCUUUCAGCUAUUGUAUGUAAUGCAGUAAAAUUGUUUUCCAAAUAUUAUUUUGCAUAUUAAUUUUCUUCAAAUAAAUUUAUGAAAUUCGAUACUGUGUUCCAGAAUAGUUUUAGUUUUAAGAUUAAGGGUUGUGCCCACCACUGUAAACCCAGCAUUAUCAUUCAGCACAGUCAUGUGUAGAGGCAUUACAUACUUCUUUUCUAUUUAUUAUUAACUGCAUUUACUCUGUUUUAAAUAUACAUACAUAUCUGGUAUGCUGUUGCAUACAAUUUAUUGUUGAGAUUUUCUAUAGACACUAUUUUUAUGCUUUUUAUAAAUAAAGGAUAAUGCUUUCA